ACUUCCUUUCUUGACGCAAGUGCCCGGAAGAGACUUUCAACGCUGUCAAUUUUUCCCGGUAAAUCGCAAAACUGGAUUAUAAAUCAUUCCCAAGUGAUCAGACACACCACAGGACGAUUUUCAAAAGGACGUAGAUUGACGGCAGUCUUCAGCAAUGUCACGUUUCUUUGCCACCGGGUCCGACAGCGAGUCUGAGGAUUCCUCGUCGUCUGAUGAGAUCACCCCUAAAGUACCCGGCACUACUUUCACCAAGCAGUCAUUGCUGCUUCGUGACGAUGAGGAAGACACCAAGAGAGUGGUGCGUAGUGCCAAGGACAAGAGGUUCGAGGAGCUAACUAACCUGAUCAAGACGAUCCGCAACGCCAUGAAGAUCCGAGAUAUGUCCAAGUGUCUGGAGGAGUUUGAGCAGCUAUGUCGAGCAUUCCUCAAAAGCAAGACUAUAGUGGACAAGGAAGGGAUGCCUCCCUUCUACAUCCGUCUUCUGUCCGACCUAGAAGACUAUUUAAAUCAGCUUUGGGAGGACAAAGAAGGGAAGAAGAAGAUGAACAAGAACAACGCCAAAGCACUCAGCACCCUGCGGCAGAAGAUCCGCAAGUACAACAGGGACUACGAGACGGAGAUCGCCAGCUACAAGGAGAACCCAAUGGUCUCUGCGGAUGAGGAGGAUGAGAAGGAUGAGGUUGAAUCGGGGGUGUCGUCAGAUAGUGAUGACGAGCCGGGAGACGCCAAGAGCUUCCUGAAGAAGAAACCGGCCACCGAGGCACUUCCGCCGGACAGCAGCAAGUUCCUGAAGGGAGCAGCGGAUGAGGAGUCUUCCAGCAGCAGUGACGUGGAUGACGAAGACUGGGACUCAGACACAGCGGAAAGCGGCAGUGGUAGUGAAGACGAAGAGGGCAAUAACGCCAUUGCCAAAAUCUUCCUCAAGAAGUCUGGUAGUGAGGUCGAGCGACACACCAGUGAGAAGAAAAAGGAGGAUAGGAAGAAGAGACACAAGCGGAAGGAGCGCGUGGAGGAAGAGGCAGAGGAAGAGGCCCAAGAGGAGGACGAAGGAGAAUGGGAGAAGGUGAAGGGAGGAGUGCCCCUCGUUAAGAUGUUUGCCAAGGGAACAGAAAUCAACACAACAGUUGUUGUAAAGAAACUCAACGAGAUUCUGCAGGCCCGUGGAAAGAAGGGAACAGACAGAGCUGCCCAGAUCGAGCUUCUCCACGCCCUGGCCAACAUCUCCAAUGAGAACAUUCUGGGCGAGGGCAUCCUGGUCAAGAUCAAGUUUAACAUCAUCGCCUCCCUGUACGACUACAACCCUAACCUGGCCGCCUUCAUGAAGGCUGAUAUGUGGAAGAAGUGUCUGGACUGCAUUGACGAGCUGCUGGACAUCCUCUUUAACAACAACAACAUCUUUAUCGGCGAGAACAUCACCGAGGACAGCGAGAACCUGGCCAUUAUUGACUCACAGCCAUUCAGGGUGCGCGGCUGCAUUCUGACCUUGGUGGAGAGGAUGGACGAGGAGUUCACAAAGAUCAUGCAGAACACUGACCCCCACUCUCAAGAGUACGUGGACAACUUGAAGGACGAGGGGCGUGUGUGCGGCAUCAUCGACCGCCUGCUGGGCUACCUGGAGACCAAGGGCAGCACGGAGGAGGUGUGCCGCGUCUACCUACGGCGCAUCAUGCACACCUACUACAAGUUUGACUACAAGGCUCACCGCCGCGCCCUGGGCCUCCAGGGAGAGACCAAGUCUGAGCAGGAUGCGGAGGAGAGCGAAGGCGAGGACAGUGCCUUCAUCAUGGACCGCCUGUGCAAGUUCAUCUACGCUAAGGACCGCACAGACCGCAUCCGCACAUGUGCCAUCCUGUGCCACAUCUACCACCACGCACUUCACUCGCGCUGGUAUCAAGCCCGUGACCUGAUGCUCAUGAGCCACCUGCAGGAUAAUAUUCAGCACGCUGACCCGCCUGUACAGAUCCUGUACAACAGAACCAUGGUGCAGCUGGGGAUCUGUGCCUUCCGCCAGGGCAUGAUCAAGGAUGCCCACAAUGCCCUGCUGGACAUCCAAUCGAGUGGCCGCGCCAAGGAGCUGCUGGGCCAGGGCCUGCUCAUGAGGAACAUGCAGGAGAGGAACGCCGAGCAGGAGAAAAUCGAGAAGAGGCGACAGGUGCCCUUCCACAUGCACAUCAACCUGGAGCUGCUGGAGUGCGUGUACCUGGUAUCUGCCAUGCUGCUGGAGAUCCCCUACAUGGCGGCCCACGAGUUUGACGCCCGCCGCAGGAUGAUCAGCAAGCAGUUCCACCACCAGCUGAGGGUGGGCGAGAGGCAGCCCCUUCUGGGACCCCCAGAGAGCAUGCGUGAGCACGUGGUCGCGGCCAGCAAGUCCAUGAAGAUGGGCGACUGGCGCACCUGCCACUCAUUCAUCAUCAACGAGAAGAUGAACAGCAAGGUUUGGGAUCUAUUCCCUGAGACGCAGUGCGUGCGAGAGAUGCUUGUCAGGAAGAUCCAGGAGGAGUCUCUGAGGACUUACCUGUUCACCUACAGCAGCGUUUACGACUCCAUCAGUAUGGAGACACUGAAGGAGAUGUUUGAGCUGGAGCUGCCCAUGGUGCACAGCAUCAUCAGCAAGAUGAUCAUCAACGAAGAGCUCAUGGCAUCCCUGGACCAGCCCACCCAGACGGUGGUGAUGCACCGCACAGAGCCCACCUCCCUGCAGAACAUGGCCCUGCAGCUGGCAGAGAAGUUGGGUGGCCUGGUGGAGAAUAACGAGCGCGUCUUUGACCUCAAGCAGGGCGUCUACGGUGGCUACUUCAACAGAGAUCAAAAAGGCUACCAGCAGAAGCAGGGUGGCUACAACAGAGACCAGAGAGGCAGUUACCAACAGAAGCAAGGCGGUUACAACCGAGACGGUCAGAGAGGCGGCUACCAACAGAAGCAAGGAGGUUACAACAGAGACAGAGGCGGUUACCAACAGAGGCAAGGCGGUUACAACCGAGACGGAGGCGGUUACCAACAGAGGCAAGGCAGUUACAACCGAGAUGGAAACCGAGGCGGUGGUGGCUACCAGGGGCAGAACAGGGGGGGCUAUCAGGGUGGUGGUGGUGGCUAUCAGGGUGGUGGUGGCGGCUAUCAGGGUGGUGGUGGCGGCUACCAGGGUGGUGGUGGCGGCUACCAGGGUGGUGGUGGCGGCUACCAGGGUGGUGGUGGCGGCUACCAGGGUGGUGGUGGCAGUGGCAGCUACAGGGGAGGCUACAAGGGGGGCUACCAGAACCAGGACAGGAGAGACUACUGAGCCAGAGGAGCUGCCCUCGGAACCUGGUCCAACAGAGCCAGCCCGUCUUCAUUCCAAAACAAUAUUAUCUUGGGUUGUAUCACUUGACAUUGCAGCUCUACUACGCUUUUCUCCCUUUGUACAACAUUGAUCAGCUUUCCCUCUACAUGACAGGCUUGAAAACCGUUGUACUUAUUCAAGUCAGUUUCCCUAUAUAUUUAAACUUUGUAGUAUAAUAUCUGAAUUGACUAUGCUUUUUGUCGAGUGUGAAUGUGUUUAGACUAAUGGUGUUGAAUAAUUGUGUGUGACGAGAUUAAUGCAGUUGCAGUGUGUUUGACAGUUUGGCAGUGUAUCAGGGAAAGAGACAUGUCAAGUAAAGUAUUUUCAGUUGUAACCUCUGAAAUAAACAUUAUUGAAUCAA